AGUAUAAUGUACACUAACAAAGCAAGCACAUGUCCUUUUGUGUCGUGCUCCAUAAUUUAAAAUGCAUUUGCAAAAGCCGUCAGUUUGUAUGCUGAUUGCUCAACGCUGCAGUCGAAGACAAAGCAUUGUCGCAAACAUCACACGCGGAGACAUACGAUUAACGACGCGAAAAGGCGCCAAAAUUUAUACAAUCAAGUAGCGAAGGAGAGAAGAUACUCUGAAUCUUUACAAGUAAGAUUUUCAACUGUAUACUAUAUACAAUUGAGAUUACAAAUCAGUUGCACUGGAAAGCAUUUCGCAUCAAUUCAGCACGAUGGGAGAUGAAAUGUUGACACUGUUUUACGAUAAGGAAAUUAUAAAAUACACUAAAGCUGCAGAGGGGAAAAAUAUCUCCGAAUAUGAAAGAGAAGCUGAAUUUCGGUUAUUCCGCGACUAUUUUGGUCUCAUUCACUUGGUUCAAAAUUGUGAGGUUGGAAGCCAUCCGCAGCAUAGUUACGGAGAUAUGAUAGGUUAUGCGACAGAACGCAGUCGAUUGGAUAGCAUGGAUUCAGAUGUAUGGAGCGAUACGUCAAGUGGAGGACGCGAUUUCGACACAUUAGACGGAGGAUCGCUCCAAACAAGUCCAUCUCUAGCACCCGGAUUCACUCCAGCACGAAUCUUUCACGACAGCUCAGGUACAGGAGGGCGUCCUGCAUUGGCAGAUGUCAGCAAGAUUGUCGUGGGAAGGCGCAAUCAGAAUGUUUGUGUGUUUUGUCGUAACAAUGGCGAAAGCAAAAAAGUGUACACUAGUCAUGUUCUUAAAGAUUCACAAGGCAAAACUGUGUGUCCAAUACUUCGAGCAUACACUUGUCCAUUGUGCAAGGCUACCGGCGAUGAGUCACAUACUAUCAAGUACUGCCCAAAAAAUAAAAACAACCGUUUGGGAAAAUAAAGCUUAUCUUGUGGAAACCAAACAGCAAACGAUUAACUGAAAGAUAUUAUGAUGAGAUUUAUUGUUGAUCAUAAAUGAAGCAACAUACGUUGACAAUGUUAUUAAGGUUUUGUAUUUUAGCCAUGGAGUGCAUUCAAGCAUGCUUUUACUGUUUAUAGUAUCUUAAUCCUAGCAACGCGUGAUAGCGGUUACAUGUUCAAUUUCAAGUAGUUUAAUUUCAAGUUUGAAAAUAAUAGGUUAUUAAGUAUAUUGCGCGUAAACAUUGAAGCGGCUUCGAAGCCGACACGAAUAAUACACAGUCGAUUAUAUGCAUGUCAUGGCAAACAAUAUUUCGUGAUUAAUGGAAAUGCACACUUUCGUAGUUAAAAAUCAAUAGGUUUUGCUUCUUCAAAUUUUCAUGUGUAUAGCGGGUACAAAACCGCAAAAAAAUAACCUAUGUAUAUUUAAUACAGAAUUUAGAGUCCUGAACAUAAUUAGGUACACACCUGAGACUUUUUCCAAAAAGAAAAAUUGCAAGGCAAAAAAUUUGUAGCAUUUGUGGCGAAUUUUUUUUGCCCCAAAAGACUAAUGUAGGUGAUUUUGUUCAAAAACAGAAGGACAAAAUAAAUAUGUAUAUGAUUUGUUAAGGAUACAAGACAUUUUGUAUCAAAAUCGUUUUAUAAUAUAUAUGUAAUGAAUUAUAAUAACCCAAAAUUAUAGUUGAAUGAAUUGAUUUUUAUUUUGUAACUAUGUAGAUCAUAGAUCGAACGUUGUCUUUCAUUAUUUGGAGAUGACCGUGUGGAAAUAUAACUAAAAUAUAAUAAUUGUAAGUUUACUGAAGAAAUUGUGUCAAACAAAUAUUAACGUUAGCUGCAUGGAAAGUCUGUUUGGAAGAAUUUUUUUGUAAAUAAAUGUACAACAUAUAUGAUAAUUGUAACAAAGAAUGACUCGAUGGUAAUGUUUCAUUUUAAUGUAGGUAUGUUGUAUUGAAUAUAGAAGAUUUCAAAAUAA